GCCGCGGCGGCGGCGGCGGCGUCUGAUUCAAAGAACAUAUUACCAAAGAUCAAAAACAAAGACAAAAAAACCCGUAAGCUGAAAGAUGAGCACGAUGAGGAGAAGGAGAGCUUGAAACUCAAUCCAGCAUCCAAACCCAAGACUCAGAAGACUGCUGGCAGGAAGUGCAAGAAUAUUGUGGAGGAAAAUCUGGUGAACAAAAAGCACAAGGCGGAUUCUGUCGAGAAAUCUAGCCAAGAGGAGAGCAAAUCAGUGGAGGGCAAACCAGAGGAAAUGGAGAACGAGAAGGGCUCUGUGACUGAAUCCAAAGUAAAAUCCAGCCUGUUGAAGAGGUCUUCGUAUCAGGAAUCCUUUGAGGACAUGCUCUCAGGUAUGGAUGAGAAGCUCAAAGAGUUCUGUGCCAAGAAGCAGAAAACCAAUGUGAGGAAACCCAAGAAAAGGGGAAAAACCAACACCUCCUCCAAGACCCAAGAUAAGGACAGGGGCAUGGUCAGCCCAGAAGCUCAGCAGGAUUUGAUGGUCGGUGGUGACGGGGAGAUGACUGACAAAAGGGCAGAAAACAAAACUCUGGAGGAGGACGAGGCUUCUGUGAAUCCAGAUGAUCAGCGGGAUUUGAUGGACGGUGAUGACGGGGUGAUGACCGACAAAAGGGCAGAAAGAAAAACCCCAGAGGAGGACGAGAGAAGCGAGACCACUGUCUUCAACAUUCACGUGCGACUGGAGCGUCAGGAACAGGUUCCCAGCCUAGACCUCAGGCCCCGGGAGGAGCAGGAACAUUGCCUAGACUCCGAGGAAGGCCAGCCUUUGCCUGAAAAGUAUUAUUUCAACAGUGAUGCAGGUGUAAACCUGGAGACUGAAGACGCCUCUGUACAAGCUGAGAGCAAGAAGCCAGAGGAGGGUGGUGUGGAGGAUGCUUCUGAGACGCUCAGUGACGGCCAAGGUGUGAACAAUGCUAAAAGGACCAGGAAAAAGAGAGCACACAAGGAGAAUUACGUUGUACACUCGGAGACCAACCCGAAGAAGAUCAAAGUAGAACAAGUUGAACAGGAAUCCGAUUGGAAGGGGAAGCGAAGAAUUCCCCAGAGGGAGAGAAACAAAUCGGCCUCGGAGACAGACAUGAGGAAAAGCAAGACGGACAAAGAGGAACAGCAACAGAAGAGCCAAGCAAAGGAGGAAGAGAAGGAAGAGAAUAAAUGGAAAUGGUGGGAGGAGGAGCACUAUGAGGAUGGUGUAAAAUGGAGGUUCCUCGAACACAAAGGCCCGCUGUUUGCACCCGAAUACGAACCGCUCACAGACAACGUACGUUUCCAUUAUAAUGGGCAACCGAUGAAGCUAAGCGCAAAUGCCGAGGAAGUCGCAACAUUCUUCGGCAAAAUGCUAGACCAUGAGUACACAACAAAUGCCAUCUUCCGAGCGAACUUCUUCACUGACUGGAGGGAGGUGAUGACAAGUGCUGAGCGGAAGCUGAUCACCAAUCUGAACAAAUGUGAUUUCCAGGAGAUACACACAUAUUUCACGGAGAAGACUGAGGCCAAGAGAGUGCAGUCCAAGGAGGUCAAACAGGACCUGAAGAUGGAGCAGGAGGCUAUCGCCCAGGAGUACGGGUACUGCACAAUGGACGGGCACCGUGAGAGGAUUGCCAACUACAAGAUCGAGCCGCCUGGGCUGUUCCGUGGGCGGGGAAGUCACCCCAAGAUGGGCAAGCUGAAGAACAGGAUACAGCCUGAGGACGUGAUCAUCAACUGCAGCAGGGACUCCAAGAUCCCAGUGCCUCCUACAGGACACAACUGGAAGGAGGUGCGUUUCGAUAACAAAGUCACAUGGCUGGCUUCAUGGACUGAGAACGUACAGGGAGCUAUGAAGUAUAUCAUGCUGAACCCCAGCUCGAAACUCAAGGGUGAGAAGGACUGGCAGAAGUUCGAGAUAGCCAGGCGACUGAAGGGAUGUGUGGAUGACAUUCGUGCCAAGUAUAGCGCAGACUUGAAGUCACGGGAGAUGAAAUCACGACAGCGAGCGGUGGCGCUGUAUUUCAUUGACAAGCUGGCGCUGAGAGCUGGGAACGAGAAGGAAGAGGGGGAGACGGCGGACACAGUGGGCUGCUGCUCGCUGCGGGUCGAGCACAUCAAACUACACAACAAGCUGAAUGGGCAGGCGUGUGUGGUGGAGUUCGACUUUCUGGGCAAGGACUCCAUUCGCUAUUACAACAAAGUGCUCGUGAAGAAGCAGGUCUUUAAGAAUCUGAAGCAUUUCAUGCAGAACAAGGAUCCCAGCGACGAUGUGUUUGACAGAUUGAACACCCACAAUCUGAACAAGCAUCUUCAAGAGCUGAUGGAGGGAUUGACGGCCAAAGUCUUCAGAACGUACAAUGCCUCCAUCACACUGCAGCAUCAGCUCGAACAGCUGACGGACUCUGAAGGAAGUGAAGCAGAAAAACUGCUGUCCUACAAUCGAGCCAACCGAGCCGUGGCCGUUCUUUGCAACCACCAGAGAACGGCACCCAAGAGCUUUGACCAAUCCAUGAAGAAAAUUCAAGCCAAGAUCGAAGCCAAAAAGGAACAGAUUGAUCUCACGAAGAGUGAGCUGAAGAGCGCCAAAAUGUACCACAAAGUCAAGAAGGACAAAAAGUCCAAACUGGUGGUGGAGAAGAAGAAGAAGAUGGUGCAGAAGUUGGAGGAGCAGUUGACCAAACUGGAGGUUCAGGCCACUGACCGUGAGGAGAACAAACAGAUCGCACUGGGCACCUCCAAACUCAACUACCUAGACCCUCGCAUCACUGUGGCCUGGUGCAAGAAAUAUGAUGUCCCCAUUGAAAAGGUCUACAACAAGACGCAGAGGGAGAAAUUUGCCUGGGCCAUCGACAUGACGGAAGAGGAUUUUGUAUUCUGAGAUCAGGAAUUCGCAACAAAGAUGUUGGGGUUAUAAAAAUUUGUGCUCUAAA